GCUAUUCAGCCGGUGCGCGCGGCGGCGGGAGGCAGCGGCUGGGGAGUCCCCUCGACGCUCUGUUCCGAGAGCGUGCCCCGGACCGCCAGCUCAGACCAGGGGCAGCUGUGUAGCCGAACGUAAGCUAGGAGCAGCCGGGACUGGUGGCUGGCCCCCGAGCUCCGCAGGCGGGAAGCACCCAGGAUUUGGGAAGUCCCGGGAGCAACGCGGCGGCGCCUCCCUCACCCAAGGGGCCGCGGCUACGGUCACGGAGCGCGGCGGCACCGUGAGCGACCCAGGCCAGGAUUCUAAAUAGACGGCCCAGGUUCCUCCUCUGCCCGGGCCGCCUCACCUGCGGGCAUUGCCGCGCCGCCUCCGCCGGUGUAGACGGCACCUGCGCCGCCUCGCUCGCGGGUCUCCGCCCCUUGCCCCCCCUUUCGGCGCCAGGCCCGGGCAGCUCACCUGGACUGGCGCGGGCUGCGGGAGCCUGCGGUAGCCGAGGCGCGGAGGCGCAGCGCCCACGCCACUGUCUGGAGAGGACGCAGGUGGAGCGGGCGCGGCUUCGCGGAACCCGGCGCCUGCCGCCGCCGUCGUCCCGGCAGACACCAGGUCCCGGGGACCCGGCCGCCAGUGCCCGGGGAGUAGCCGCCGCCGUCGGCUGGGCACCAUGAACAGCAGCAGCGCCAACAUCACCUACGCCAGUCGCAAGCGGCGGAAGCCGGUGCAGAAAACAGUAAAGCCAAUCCCGGCUGAAGGAAUCAAGUCAAAUCCUUCCAAGCGGCAUAGAGACCGACUUAAUACAGAGUUGGACCGUUUGGCUAGCCUGCUGCCUUUCCCACAAGAUGUAAUUAAUAAGUUGGACAAACUUUCAGUUCUUAGGCUCAGUGUCAGUUACCUGAGAGCCAAGAGCUUCUUUGAUGUUGCAUUAAAAUCCUCCCCUGCUGAAAGAAAUGGAGGCCAGGAGAACUGUAGAGCAGCAAAUUUCAGAGAAGGCCUGAACUUACAAGAAGGAGAAUUCUUAUUACAGGCUCUGAAUGGCUUUGUAUUAGUUGUCACUACAGAUGCUUUGGUCUUUUAUGCUUCUUCUACUAUACAAGAUUAUCUAGGGUUUCAGCAGUCUGAUGUCAUACAUCAGAGUGUGUAUGAACUUAUCCAUACCGAAGACCGAGCUGAAUUUCAGCGUCAGCUACACUGGGCGUUAAAUCCUUCUCAGUGUACAGAGUCUGGACAAGGAAUUGAUGAAGCCCCUGGUCUCCCCCAGCCAGUAGUCUGUUAUAACGCAGACCAGAUUCCUCCAGAAAACUCUCCUUUUAUGGAGAGGUGCUUCAUAUGUCGUCUGAGGUGUCUGCUGGAUAAUUCAUCUGGUUUUCUGGCAAUGAAUUUCCAAGGGAGGUUAAAGUAUCUUCAUGGACAGAAAAAGAAAGGGAAGGAUGGAUCAAUACUUCCACCUCAGUUGGCUUUGUUUGCGAUAGCUACUCCACUUCAGCCACCAUCCAUACUUGAAAUCCGGACCAAAAAUUUUAUCUUUAGAACCAAACACAAACUAGACUUCACACCUAUUGGUUGUGAUGCCAAAGGAAGAAUUGUUUUAGGAUAUACUGAAGCAGAACUGUGCACGAGAGGAUCAGGGUAUCAGUUUAUUCAUGCUGCUGAUAUGCUUUAUUGUGCUGAGUCCCAUAUCCGGAUGAUUAAGACUGGAGAAAGCGGCUUGAUAGUUUUCCGGCUUCUUACAAAAAACAAUCGAUGGACGUGGGUCCAGUCUAAUGCACGCCUGCUUUAUAAAAAUGGAAGACCAGAUUAUAUCAUUGCGACUCAGAGACCACUAACAGAUGAGGAAGGAAGCGAGCAUUUACGAAAACGAAAUACGAAGUUGCCUUUUAUGUUUACCACUGGAGAAGCUUUGUUGUAUGAGGCAACCAACCCUUUUCCUGCCAUAAUGGAUCCCUUACCACUAAGGACUAAAAAUGGCACUAGCGAAAAAGACUCUGCUACCAAAUCAACUCUAAACAAGGAUUCUCUCAAUCCUAGUUCCCUCCUUGCUGCCGUGAUGCAACAAGAUGAGUCUAUUUAUCUCUAUCCUGCUUCAAGUACUUCAAGUACUGCACCUUUUGAAAACAAUUUCUUUAACGAAUCUAUGAAUGAAUGCAGAAAUUGGGAAGAUAAUACUGCACCGAUGGGAAAUGAUACUAUCCUGAAACAUGAGCAAAUUGACCAGCCUCAGGAUGUGAACUCAUUUGCUGGAGGUCACCUAGGGCUCUUUCAGGAUAGUAAAAACAGUGACUUGUACAGCAUUAUGAAAAACCUAGGCAUUGAUUUUGAAGACAUCAAACACAUGCAGAAUGAAAAAUUUUUCAGAAAUGAUUUUUCCGGUGAGGUUGACUUCAGAGACAUUGACUUAACAGAUGAAAUCUUGACAUACAUCCAAGAUUCUUUAAGUAAGUCUCCCUUCAUACCUUCAGAUUAUCAACAGCAACAGUCGCUGGCUCUGAACUCAAGCUGUAUGGUACAGGAACACCUACAGUUAGAACAGCAACAGCAACAACAGCAUCACCAAAAGCAAGCAGUAGUGGAGCCACAGCAACAACUGUGUCAGAAAAUGAAGCAUAUGCAAGUUAAUGGCAUGUUUGCAAAUUGGAGCGCUGACCAAUUCGUGCCUUUCAGUUGUCCACGGCAAGACCCACAACAAUAUAAUGUCUUUUCAGACUUACAUGGGAUCAAUCAAGAGUUCCCCUACAAAUCUGAAAUGGAUCCUGUGCCUUAUACACAGAACUUUAUUUCCUGUAAUCAGCCUGUAUUACCACAACAUUCCAAAUGUACAGAGCUGGACUAUCCUAUGGGGAGUUAUGAACCAUCCCCAUACCCCACUACUUCUAGUUUAGAAGAUUUUGUCACUUGUUUACAAGUUCCUGAAAACCAAAAGCAUGGAUUAAAUCCACAGUCAGCCAUAGUAACUCCUCAGACUUGUUAUGCUGGGGCCAUGUCGAUGUAUCAGUGCCAGCCAGAACCUCAGCACACCCAUGUGGGUCAGAUGCAGUACAACCCAGUACUGCCAGGCCAGCAGGCAUUUUUAAACAAGAAUGGAGUUUUAAAUGAAACAUAUCCAGCUGAAUUAAAUAACAUAAAUAACACUCAGGUUACCACACAUCUUCAGCCACUUCAUCAUCCGUCAGAAGCCAGACCUUUUCCUGAUUUGACAUCCGGUGGAUUCCUGUAAUUCCAAGCCCAAUUUUGACCCUGGUUUUUGGAUUAAAUUAGUUUGUGAAGGAUUAUGGAAUAAUAAAACUGUCACUGUUGGACGUCAGCAAGUUCACAUGGAGGCAUUGAUGCAUGCUAUUCACAAUUAUUCCAAACCAAAUUUUAAUUUUUGCUUUUAGAAAAGGAAGUUUAAAAAUGGUAUCAAAAUAGUACCUAUAAUAUAGUCAUUAAGGUAGAAAGUGUACUGCCACAGAGUAGUGAGAUACCAUCUACAUUUCACAUUAUUCUGAGCACCACAAAAUAUGCAAAACUUUAUCAGGGAAACUAAGACUCUUUUAAAUUAGAAAGCAUUCUUUAUUUGAAUUAUUUCUGUCAGAAUAAAAAUAAAAUACUUUGAGUUUUGAACUACUGGAUUCUUAUUAGUUUCCCAAAUACAAAGUUACAGAACUAAACUAGUUUUUCCUAUCAUGUUAACCUCUGCUUUUAUCUCGGAUGUUAAAAUAAAUGGUUUGGUGCUUUUUAUAAAAGGAUGAUCUCAGUGCUCUCCUCCUCCACUGUUCAUCUAAGUGCCUCACAUUUUUUUCUACCUAUAACACUGUAGGAUGUAUAUUUUAUAUAAAGUAUUCUUUUUCUUUUUUAAAUUAAUAUCUUUCUGCACACAAAUAUUAUUUGUAUUUCCUAAAUCCAACCAUUUUCAUUAAUUCAGGCAUGUUUUAACUCUUCUACUCACCUGUUUUCUUUAGGUAAAGGGCAAAUAAUGAUUGAAAAAAUAAUUAUUUAUUACAUAAUUUAGUUGUUUCUAGACUAUAAAUGUUGCUACGUGCCUUAUGUUGAAAAAAUUUAAAAGUAAAAUGUCUUUCCAAAUUAUUCUUAAUUAUUAUAAAAAUAUUAAGACAAUCGCACUUAAGUUUCUCAACAGUGUUUUCAGAAGAAGUAUACCACUCUUUACCUUUAUUGAAGACUCCAUGAUAGUUGAAUGUUGCAAUGUGAAAAAUCUGCUGUUAACUGCAACCAUGUUUAUUAAAUUGCAAGAAGCUUUAUUUCUAACUUUUUAAUUAUAUUAAGCAAAACACCCGUUUCAAUGUGUAUAAAUUGUCUUUAAAAAUUGUUUUAGAUCUAUAAACCUUGAUAAUCUAUUGUGUUGACUUUAUAAAUUUCGCUUCUUAGAACAGUGGAAACUAUUUGUUUUUCUCAUAUUUGAGGAGUGUUAAGAUUGCAGAUAGCAAUGUUUGGUGCAAAGUAUUGUAAUGAGUGAAUUGAAUGGUGCAUUGUAUAGAUAUAAUGAACAAAAUUAUUUGUAAGAUAUUUGCAGUUUUUCAUUUUAAAAAGUCCAUACCUUAUAUAUGCACUUAAAUAAUUUGUUGGGGCUUUUCAUACUUUAUCAGUGUGUCUUUGUAAGAAAUAAAGUAAUGAAUCCAACUGCUUAAAGUUGGUAUUAAGAAAAAGACAACCACACAGUUCAUUUACCUUCAAACAUUAGGUUGUUUUUAAUGAUAUACUGAUCUUCUUUACCAAUAGGCAAAUUAAUCACUCUACCAACUUUACUGUCCUGAAAUGGCUUAAAAAAAAAAAUGACACCAUCUUUUCUUCUUUUCUUCUUCUUUUUUUUUUUUUUUUUUU